AUGGCCGGCUCAUCCUCCUCUGGCUCUAAGCCGGAGAAAUCCAUGUCGUCGCGUCUGCUGACAAUGAAGUUCAUGCAACGCGCCGCCGCCUCCGCUGCUGCCAAUGAACCCUCUCAACCCCCUGCCGACUCCACGCCCAGCCCGAAACGACACCGCAAUGGUCAAGCCCAGAACGAGAGCCCCGCGACCCCCCAAUCAGAUCUGGAAGCCAUCUCGGCGGCUCUGGCGGCCGAAGAGGAAAAGCGCAGAGAGGCCGUGAAUCGACAGGCUGCCGAGGCAGGCGAGUCCGAAUGGGUGCUAGAUUUCGAUGGGGCUGCGCAGUAUACGCCGCAGCCGAGAGUCGUGACGGCGAAUUCGUUGGAUGCGGAUGACGAUGAUAUGAUGUAUGGGGGGAGACAGUCAUAUGGGAAUUUUAAGCGGAAGAAGAGAGUUGUGACCGAAACUGGUGAAACGGCUACGGUCGACGAGGACGACGAGGACACUGACGCGAUGAUCAAGAGAGAAAAAGCGAAAGCGGACCGAAAACCGGUCAAGUUGUCCAAGAUCACUAGUAUCUCGGGUGCAGGAGGUCAACAGCGCAGUCGGUCGCCGUCGCAGUCGAAGAAGAAGAGAAAGCAUAAAUAA